AUGAAACGGUUAGACCGCAUUGUGAUUGAUGAAUGCCACAUCGUAUUGAAUCAGCAGCGCGAUUUCCGGCCCAUGAUGCAGCAGCUCGGACGAUUGAUGAUCGCGCGGACGCAGGUGGUUUUGUUGACAGCGACAUUGCCCCCCAGCUUAGAGGACCGAUUAUGGCAACGCAUGCGAUGGUCCCAGGAGCAGGUCAGCUUAUUCCGUGGUCGAACCAGCCGGACCAACGUAGCAUAUCGUUUGUGGCGUCCGAUGAUCGAGCGGGAGUAUAAGGGGCCAUAUCGUUGGAUCCAGAUGGAUCAUAUCGCAGCAUUCAUCCGGGACCGCAUCCGACGAUCGCGGGGCGGGCGCACCAUUGUGUACGCGCAUAUCGUCGAACAUGUCACAACGGUGGCGGAGAUACUUGGGUGCGAGGCGUAUUACCAUGACCAGGUGGAUAAGGCGGGCGUGUUGGAGCGGUUUCGCAGUAUGCCCCACGGAGUGGUCGUGGCGACGAGUGCAUUGGGGAUGGGAGUCGACAUCCCCGACAUCCGCAGCAUCAUCCAUUUGGGGCGACCACGAACGUUGCUGGAUUACGCGCAGGAGAGCGGGCGCGCGGGUCGGGACGGUCAGGCGAGCGAAGCGAUCAUCAUCCAGCCCGACGGGGUUGAUACCCCCCGCCGUGGAUGCAGGACACGCCGUCCGCAGAGCAGCAGCGGGUGGAUGCAUACAUGUCAGCCAGUCCAUGCCGGCGGGUCGUUUUGGACGGGUAUUUGGAUGGCGUGGUAG